CUCUCUCUCUCGUGAUGACGGUGGUUUGGUUCGUGCCUCCACACCGCGCGCGCGUGUGUGUGUGUGUGUGAGAGUGUGUGAGUGUGUGUAGAUGGCUCAUCUCACCCACAUCACUGGAAGCACUGCAGCAUCCGCGCGGUUUUCGUCGCACGCCUCGACGGCAGGGCGCUCGGUGUGUCCUCCGCUCGCUCUCCGGGUCCGUGUCCGUGUCCGCGGGUCGGUGUCGGUGUAGCGGAUCGCGGCGGCUCCGGGAGAUGCUGCAGCUCUGAGCGCCCGGGACGUCCCACACUCUCGCUGUCGUCAUGACGACCUCGGCCCUGCGGCGGCAGGUCAAGAACAUCGUGCACAACUACUCGGACGCGGAGAUCAAGGUGCGCGAGGCCACCUCCAACGACCCCUGGGGCCCGUCCAGCUCGCUGAUGUCGGAGAUCGCCGAGCUGACCUUCAGCGUGGUGGCCUUCAGCGAGGUCAUGGCCAUGGUGUGGAAGCGUCUCAACGACCACGGCAAGAACUGGAGACACGUCUACAAGGCUCUGACUCUUCUCGACUACCUGGCUAAGACGGGCUCGGAGCGGGUGGCCCAGCAGUGCCGGGAGAACGCCUUCACCAUCCAGACGCUGCGGGACUUCCAGUACGUGGACCGGGACGGCCGGGACCAGGGCGUGAACGUGCGGGAGAAGGCCAAGCAGCUGGUGGCUCUGCUGCGGGACGAGGAGCGUCUGAGGCUGGAGCGGGCGCAGGCGCUCAAGACCAAAGAGAGGAUGACGGGCGGCGGCGGGGCGAGCGGCGUUCCUCCGGCGUACCCCAGCAGACGCAGCAGCCAGCCCAGCAUGAGCGCUCUGUACGGGGACGAGUUCAGCCGCUCCAGAGGAUCACCCACCUCCUUCAACUCGUCCUCCUCGUCUCCUCGAGCGUCUGAUCUGGAGCAGACUCGACCGCAGACGAGUGGAGAAGAAGAGCUGCAGCUCCAGCUCGCGCUGGCCAUGAGCAGAGAGGAGCAGCGCAGCCGUCAGGGGGACGACGGUCCUCAGCAGAAGGUCCUGGAGGAGGGUUCGGGCGAGCGAGACCCGCGCUCUUCAGAGUCGGCCAUGAUCGAUCUGGUGGAUAUAUUCGGCCCCACGCCUGCCGCCCCGGCCAGCGACGACCCCUGGGACGCCCCGCCCACCUGCCCCGUGAACUCUGACCCCUGGGAGUCAGUCGCUGUAGUUAAGUCUAGUAACCCCGUGGCUGAUAGUCCCUGGACAACUCGUCCUUCCUCCAGUAGCCCCGCCCACCCUUGGGGAACCCACCAAUCACCGCCUGACCUCUGGGAUGCCCCGCCUUCAAACUCCACCUCUAACAUGGAUGAAAAAGCCUGGAGGAGCCCAGCGCGACCUCACAUUAAAAACCAAAUGUCGAGUGUGAAGGACCCGUUUACUAUCCCAGAGGAGGAGGAGCUUAGAGUGGAGGAGGAGGAGCCUAGGGUGGAGCAGGCAGGGCCAAACCGAGUGUUCAGCCCUCGCUGCGAGAGCCCUGCAGAUGCUGAUCAGUUCGGCGAGUUGGUGGUUGCUGUUCAAGUGAACGGACGGGAAGUGACAGUCCAGAGGCCUUUGACCUCUCGUCUUGGGCCUCCUCUGGAUGCAGUGACCCCCAGACAGUGCCGGACCCCCGAAGCGUUCCUCGGCCCCACUGCUGCCUCCCUCGUCAACCUGGACACGCUUAUUCCCACAAACCCACCGGUCAAGAGCAAAAACCCCUUCCUGUCAGGUCUGAGCGCACCGUCUCCCACAAACCCCUUCCACUGUGAGCAGCCCAGACUGACUCUGAAUCAGAUGCGUCCUCACUCCACGUCGCCGCUGCCGGCUCACGCUCUGUCCUACAGCGCCUCCCUCCCUCUGCCCGUCCUGCAGCAGAAGCCCCAGACUCUGCCCUCGUCCUUCACACAGCCGCCCCACGGCCUGCUGGACCUGCCCAGCAACCUGCCACAGCCGCUGCUGCCCCUCACACCCUCCACCCGACAAACACAGCACCCCGGCCAAAGCCACAACCCCUUCCUCUGAGGAACCGCAGUUUCCUCUGAAGCCAUACUGAAACUGGAUCAUGGCAAUUUGGUUUCAGUGUGAACAGACUUAAAGGCUGAUUUAAAGCCGAAAGAAUGAUGAAUGGAUACUGAAACAGGAUUACGGCAAUUCAGUUUCAGUGUGAACAGACUGAAAAGCUGAUUGAGAGCCAAAAUAAAGAGAAAUGGAGACUUAAACUGGAUUAUAGUGAUUUGGUUUAAGUGUGAACAGCUGAUCAAAAGCCAAAAUAAUGAGAAAUGGAGACUUAAACUGGAUUAUAGUGAUUUGGUUUCAGUGUGAACAGACUGAAGAGCUGAUUUAAAGCCUAAAGAAUUAUAAAUGGAUACUGAAACAGGAUUACGGCAAUUCAGUUUCAGUGUGAACAGACUGAAAAGCAGUAUUAAGAGCCAAAAUAAUGAGAAAUGGAGACUUAAACUGGAUUAUAGUGAUUUGGUUUCAGUGUGAACAGACUGAAGAGCUGAUUUAAAGCCGAAAAAAUGAUAAAUGGAUACUAAAACAGGAUUACGGUAAUUCACUUUCAGUGUAAACAGCUGAACGAAAGCCAAAAUAAUCAGAAAUGGAUACUGAAACAGGAUUAUGGCAAAUCAGUUUCAGUGUGAACAGACUGAAAAGCUGAUCGAAAGCCAAGAUAAUGAGAAAUGGAGACUUAAACUGGAUUAUAGUGAUUUGGUUUCAGUGUGAACAGAUUGAAGAUCUUAUGUAAAGUCCAACAAAUGGGAAAUGGAUACUUAAACUGGAUUAUAGUGAUUUGGUUUUAGUCUGAACAGACUGAAGAGCUUAUUUAUAGUCACAUCAAUAAUAUAUGGAUACUGAAACUUGAUUAUAGUGAUUCUGUUUCAGUGUGAAAAGACCGAAGAGCUGAUUUAAAGACAAAAUAAUUGGAAUUCAAGACUGGAGCUGGAUUAUAGUUAUUCAGUUUAAGAAAUGUGAGCAGAUUUAAGUCAAAAUAACAGAGACUGAAACUGAUAUACUGGUUUAGUUUCAGUGUGAACAGACUGAACAGCUGGUUUGAAGCCUAAAAGACAAUUUCGGGUCUGUUUUUAGCGAACAUACUUUUUCCAAUACGACGAUACACAUUUAAUGCUGACUUUAUUAACUUGCGUGCGUUUGUCUGUAUUCUGUGUGAUAAUAGCUCAGCCUGGAUUAUCACAUUUAUAUCGAGCUUAAAGUCAACAUGAAAUCA